AUGUUCCCAGAUAUUUUGUGCGUGCUAUUAUUCAGCACUAUCCACAUCGCAUCUUCUUUGGAGCUGCAACUUGGCAUGCCAAAUGUUUGUGCCGACCAGGAGAUGUCCGUGCUGGGGGCCCGGCAGCCUUGUGUCCAGGCUUUUACCCGCAUGGUUAAAGUGUGGAAGCAGGGCUGCACCAGCCACAGGUGGUGUACGGGCUAUGAGAGAAGGACAACUUACUACACAGUGUACCGGCAGGUGUACAGCACGGACUUGCACACAGUGUAUAAGUGCUGCGCUGGCUGGACUCAGGAGGGUGAAGAGAUGGGCUGUCUACAUAGGGUUUGUGGUGUCAAUACAUGUUUCAAUGGAGGCCAAUGUGCAAAGACCGAAGACCGGAUUUGUCAAUGUCCACGGGGCUUCAAAGGGACGCAGUGCCAAUACGAUGUUAACGAAUGUGAAGUGGAUGAAGGCGGCUGCGAUGGGUACUGUUGCAACACCAUCGGCAGCUACUACUGCAAGUGUCCCGAAGGCAGUCGACUGGGGCCUGACAGCAAGACAUGUCAAGAUGUAAAUGAGUGUGAGGAGCUCAAUGGAGGAUGCCAGCAAACGUGUGUCGACACCCCGGGAUCGUAUCACUGUGAGUGCAGCGAAGGCUUCCGCAUGCACACUGAUGGUCGCACCUGCAUAGCGGUGAACUCUUGUUCGGUAUUGAAUGGCGGAUGUGAGCACAAGUGCGUGGACAUGGGGAACAAUCACUACAAGUGUGACUGUCGAAAGAACUAUCAGCUGAAGAGAGAUGGGAGACACUGUGAAUUAAGGGACCCCUGCGAGGACGGGAAUGGAGGCUGCUCCCAGCUGUGUGUUUCAGAGGAAGGCCGGGUUCACUGCAGCUGCAGACCUGGGUUUACUCUGGCUGGAGAUGGCCAGAACUGUGAAGACGUUGAUGAGUGCAGUUCAGGUCAUGCCAAGUGUUCCCAUCGCUGUGUCAACAUGAUGGGCUCCUUCAGCUGUGUGUGUCUUCUGGGCUUUGAACUUGGUGCUGACGGCAAACAGUGCUACCGCAUUGAGAUGGAGAUCGUCAACAGCUGUGAGAAGAACAAUGGAGGUUGCUCCCAUCACUGCGAGCACACCACCAAUGGCCCGCUGUGCUCCUGCAACCACGGUUACCAGCUGGACCGGGACAGGAAGACCUGUGUAGACAGCGAUGAGUGUGUCAGCGGGGAGUCCUGCUGCCAGCACGUCUGUAGAAACUACCCGGGCGGCUACGAGUGCAGCUGCAGAGCUGGCCACAGACUAAACCCAGACGGCUGUGGCUGCGACGACAUCGAUGAGUGCCUAGCAGAGACCUCAGACUGUGAACACGACUGCGUCAACACCCUGGGAACAUAUGAGUGCUUCUGUGAACGGGGCUUCCGCUUGGAUCAGGACCAGCACUCCUGCAUCUCUCUGUAUGGCAGAGAACUGGAAGAAGAAGGUGAUGAGGAUGGAGACGAGGACGAGCAGCUGGAGGUCCACAGAUUACCAGAUCUGCUGUUCCGGGGGUUUCCUCAACUCCUGCGGUACACAGCGGCCCUGCGCUCCCGUUACGACGGCGAUGAUGAUGAUGGUAGUGAUGGUGGUGACAGCGAACAAGAAUAUGAGAUCCAGAGGGAGCGUCGGGGAGAGCUCAGACUGGACAGCAGCAUAGUGUGUCUCGAUGGCUCGUUUGGGGAAGACUGCAGCGUGAGCUGUGAAGACUGUGUGAACGGAAAGUGUCGUGAAAUCAGGGAUCGCUGUGAAUGUUCAGCAGGAUGGACUGGGAUCAUCUGUAACCAGACUUGUCCACAGGGGACCUUUGGGCAGGCCUGUAACAGCCUGUGUCGUUGUCAGAAUGGAGGCUCGUGUGACCCCUUGACCGGGAAGUGUUUCUGCCCCCUCGGGGUACAGGGCCUACUCUGCGAGGAUGGUUGUCCAAAGGGUUAUUUUGGGAGGCACUGCAGAAAAAAGUGCAACUGCCCAAACAACGGACAUUGCCAUCGUCUGUAUGGCGGCUGCCUUUGCUCUCCGGGACUAUACGGACGCUUCUGCCACCUGCCGUGUCCCAGGUGGACGCACGGCACGGGCUGUUCCAAGGAAUGUGACUGUGUUCAAGAACAUUCCUCUGGCUGUGACCCCAAUACAGGAAGCUGUUUCUGUAAGGCCGCAUACCACAGCCCACGGUGUGAGAAAGAGUGUGAGCUCGGCUUCUUUGGUGCAGGCUGUGAGCAGCCAUGUGACUGUCCAGGUGGAGGGUCAUGUGACCCCGGGACCGGAGAAUGCAGUCAGCGAUGUCCCGCGGGCCUCCAUGGAGAUAAAUGUCAGCUGGCAUGCCAAUCACGCAGCUAUGGCGAGAGCUGUCGGCUGACCUGCGACUGUGGAGGAGCUCCUUGUGAUCCUGUGACCGGGCAGUGCAUCUGUCCUGCUGGGAGGACGGGACACUCCUGUCAACAAGACUGCCAUGAUGGAUUCUGGGGGUUGGAGUGCCAGUCACCAUGCACUAAAUGUGAGAACAGAGGCUCCUGUAACAAGCAGACCGGCGUGUGUGACUGCAAACCAGGCUCCACGGGGAACCUCUGCCAAAACGUGUGUCCUCCAGGUUUUCACGGACCCGGCUGCUUAAGGCGCUGUUCAUGCCCCCCUGAUGCUGCUUGUGACCCACAGACCGGACGCUGCAUCUGCUCUCCUGGCAAAAGAGGCCACGACUGUGCAACAUCAUGCAAGUCUGGUUACUGGGGCCAGGAGUGUCUCAGUCAAUGCCAGUGCAAAGAGAUCUCUCUGGACUGUGACCCGGUCACCGGUCAGUGUGCGUGUGAGGCCGGCUUCACCGGAGACCACUGUGAAAAAAUGUGUGUGAAUGGCAGCUACGGGCAGCGGUGUGACCGGCAGUGCCGGUGUCAGAAUGGAGCCCUCUGCGACCACGUGAGCGGAGCCUGCACGUGCUCACCUGGACAUGCUGGCACUUACUGCGAGAAAAUGUGCCCGGACGGCUUUUAUGGUCUUGACUGCGGCCAGAUGUGCGAGUGCAGGAACGGUGCCCGCUGCCACCACAUCACAGGAGCCUGCCUCUGCACCGCCGGCUGGGCAGGACCACACUGCAUUCUGGAAUGCCCAGACGGUCACUUUGGGGAGCAGUGCAGUCAGAACUGUGAGUGUCAGAACGGAGCCAGGUGUGAGAGCGUCACCGGGCGAUGCAGCUGUGCAGCGGGGUGGACCGGAGUCAGCUGCCAACUGCCCUGUCCUGCAGGACAAUAUGGGGAACACUGUUCUGGUCAGUGUCUGUGUCGAAAUGGAGGCUCUUGUGAGGGCACGGCUGGCCAUUGCUCCUGCCCGGCAGGCUGGACUGGAGCCGCCUGUGAGUUCGAGUGUGAGGACGGACGUUAUGGAGAGAACUGCACUCGAGCCUGCAGCUGUACGAAUGGAGGGAGAUGUGACGGAGUGACGGGAAGAUGUGUGUGUCUGCCAGGUUGGAGAGCAGAGCUCUGUCAGUCAGCCUGUUCCAAGGGAUUCUUUGGAGAGGGCUGUGAGCAGAGGUGCGACUGCGUCCACAGUUCAAGUUGCCACCACGUGACGGGCCACUGCGAGUGCGAGCCCGGCUGGAGGGGAGCCAGGUGUGACCGACCUUGUCCUGCCGGCAUGUUCAGGCAAAACUGCAGCAAGCUGUGCCGAUGUUCAGGAGACCAGGAGCAGUGCCAUCCCGUGACGGGGAAAUGUAGCUGCUUACCAGGUUCCUACGGGGCACGCUGUGAGCUACGAUGUCGAGCGGGGACCUUUGGGCCAAACUGCAAGUCCAGAUGCAGCUGCAUCAAUGGUGGUCGCUGUGACUCCAGGACUGGAAUCUGUUACUGUCCUCCCGGCUUUAUUGGAGCCGACUGCAGCUCAAGCUGUCCAAGUGGGUACUACGGGAAGGACUGUGCUAAGCUGUGCUCCUGUGGGGAAGGAGGGCAGUGCCACUCAGCAAACGGGAAGUGUACCUGUGCCCCUGGUCGGAUGGGACAGUCCUGCCAACAAGCAUGUCCUCGGGGGCGCUUCGGCCUGCAGUGCAGAAACACAUGCAGCUGUCAGAACGUGGGUCUGUGUGACCCCGUCGACGGGUCUUGCAAUUGUGGACUGGGAUGGACCGGACCCCGCUGUGACACUGCCUGUUCACAAGGAAUAUAUGGCCUUGAUUGUGCACAAGAGUGUCCGUGCCUCAACAACGGGACCUGUGACCGUUUUACUGGCACCUGCAGCUGUCCCGCUGGAUUCUACGGCCACUCCUGCCAACACAAAUGCCCAUCUGGGUUCUUUGGAGUGAACUGCGCUCAUAUGUGUGGCUGCAGAGUGGGGCACGCAUGUGACCAUGUGAACGGCCAAUGUGUGUGCCCACCAGGUUACGAUGGGCCACAAUGCCAAAGACGGUGUGAGUCUGGCAGGUUCGGACUGAGCUGUGGACAGUCCUGUGACUGUGCUGACGACUCCCCAUGUGAACCAUCGACCGGCCGGUGCCUCUGCCCCCCAGGAAGGACAGGACGGAGAUGUGAAAAAGACUGCGGUGGAGACCGGUAUGGCCCCGACUGCUUCCUGCCGUGCCAGUGCUCCCACAGGGCCCGCUGUGAUGGGCUGAGUGGGCGAUGCCUGUGCCCGCUCACCUGGCUGGGCCCCACCUGUAGCGAAGCACUGCUCCACCAAACACCGGCACCAUUGAACCGUUCUGUGUUCCAAAGAAAGAGAAGAGGAGGCAGCAAAACCACAUAA